AUGGGCGAACUCCACUCCACCACAAUAGUGCGCGUGUCCGGAUCUUCUGGUGACUUGGGAUUUCACCGUGAGUCCCGAGAUGAAGAUGCUAAGAUCAAGACUGAAUCUGGGAUUGGAGCGUCAGCGGGAUAUGGAUCGCCACAGACGCGUGAAGAGAAAGGAUCCUGA